AGUAUUUGUAUGAAAAAUAUGCAAUUUGAUUGGGAAAGACAUAUUCAUCAAUAUAUGUCAUCUCGCCAUCCUGCAAAGUGUUAAAUAUUACCGAAUUGCAUUCUGUCCACGAAGGACUCUUCGGGCUUUGACCCCGUCGGAGGAACAGCGGCGAAAAAGCUCCGACAGCAAAAUAUAUAACCCCAGUAUUUCCCCGCAUCAUUGCAACAACCUCCAAUGAACUAUUGUCUCAAUUUCAUACAAGCCCCAUAAGAACCAGCACCAAAAUGCCCAAAACCCUCACCGUGGGCGUCGCCCAAGCCCGCACCCUCUCCUCGCUCCCAGCCACCCUUUCCGCCCUCGAACGCAUCACUCAGCACGCUGCAACCCAAGGCGUCCGCUUCCUCCUCUUCCCCGAAGCCUAUCUCGGCGGCUAUCCACGCACCUGCGACUUCGGGGCCUCAGUGGGCGCACGCGCCCCGCACGGCCGUGACCAGUUCCUCGCUUAUUUCCAAUCUGCCGUUGACCUGGGCGAUACGCCUGCUGGGGCGGGCGAGGACUGGGUUGAGCGACGACUUCCUGUUGCCAAGGGGAAGGAGUAUCGGGGUGAUGGGACGAGGGAGUUUUUGGAGAGAGUUGCGAGGGAGACGGGGGUGUUUAUUGCCACUGGGGUUGUGGAGCGGGCGGGAGGGAGUUUGUAUUGUGGGUUGGUGUUUGUCGAUCCGAAAAGGGGGGUGUUGGGGAAAAGGAGGAAGGUGAUGCCUACUGGCUCGGAACGAUUGGUUUGGGCGCAGGGCUCGCCGUCGACACUGAAGGCCGUGACGGCUGAGAUUGACGGUGUCACUCUGACUAUUGGUGGUGCUAUUUGCUGGGAGAACUAUAUGCCUCUGCUGAGACAGAGUCUUUAUUCUCAAAACGUCAAUCUUUACCUCGCUCCCACUGCUGACGGCCGUGAUACAUGGCUGCCGUUGAUGAGAACUGUUGCUGCAGAGGGCCGUACAUUUGUGCUGUCUUGCAACCAGUCUGUCAGAUACAACGAGUUGCCCGAGUGGAUCACGGAUCAUGCAACAGAGGAACAGAAAGGCUCUCACUACAUCUCCCGCGGCGGUUCUUGCAUCGUCGAUCCUCUUGGCGCUGUGAUCGGUGAGCCUAUCUGGGAGGUAUCGACAGAUGAUACACUAGACUCAUCAGUCAACAAUGACGGUUUGGUUAUCUCACGGAUUGACCUGGAGGACUGUGACAGAGGAAGGCUCGAUCUGGAUGUGGCAGGAAGCUAUUCGCGUAACGAUGCGUUCAAGCUAACUGUGGAGGGACUGGAUUUGAAUCCUCCUCCUUUGUAAGGAAUCUUUGCAAAUAUAUUCAUUUAUAUUUUGUGUACAUAUCAUCAACUCAAUAAGAAUUUGAUCGAGGGUAGUUUAACCGGUUGACAAUGAAUGUCCUUCACGCUGGAAAUAUUCCUAUCGAUACUUCCAGGCUCCGGCCA